UAAUUCACCAUUUACAAAUCAUUCUCAUCUAUCUCUAUCUCUCUCUCUCUCUCUCUCUCUCUCUCUCUCAAAAGCACUAGUUGGUUGGAAAGAAAAAUAUGGAAAAAACACCGGAACAAGAACACCCAGUGAAGGCCUUCGGAUGGGCAGCCAGUGAUCCAUCUGGACUCCUCUCUCCCUUCAAUUUCUCCAGAAGGGAAACAGGGGAUCAUGAAGUGACAUUGAAAGUGCUAUACUGUGGAAUUUGUCACUCCGACCUUCACGUUGUCAAGAAUGAAUGGGGCACGUCCAAGUAUCCUCUUGUCCCGGGGCACGAGAUUGUAGGUGUUGUGACAAAGGUUGGCAAUAAGGUGCAAAAGCUCAAAGUAGGUGACAAAGGCGCGGUGGGGUGCUUCAUUGGAUCAUGUCGUUCCUGCAACCAUUGUGCCAACAACCAAGAAAGCUACUGUCCUAAACAGAUAUCUACCUUGUGUUCCACUUACUACGAUGGAACCACCUCAUACGGAGGCUUUUCAGACAUCAUGGUUUGUGAUGAGCACUUUGUGCUUUGCAUUCCUGAUAACCUGCCUCUUGAUGCUACUGCUCCACUUCUAUGUGCUGGGAUCACAGUCUAUAGUCCCUUGAAGUAUUUUGAACUUGACAAACCUGGUAUGCAUGUGGGUGUGGUAGGACUAGGUGGUCUAGGCCACCUGGCUGUCAAAUUUGCUAAGGCUUUUGGGGUUAAAGUUACAGUCAUUAGUACCUCCCCUGGCAAGAAGAAGGAAGCCAUUGAAUGUCUUGGAGCUGACUCAUUCUUGGUUAGCCGUGACAAUGAUCAGAUGGAGGCUGCAAUUGGCACAAUGGAUGGUAUCAUUGAUACAGUCUCUGGCUUUCAUUCUCUCUUGCCAUUACUUAACCUCUUGAAAUCAAAUGGAAAGCUGAUUUUGGUUGGAAUAUCAGAAAAACCACUUGAGCUACCAGCCUUCCCUUUGCUUACAGGGAGGAAGAUGGUGGCCGGGAGUGCCAGUGGAGGCUUGAAGGAAACUCAAGAAAUGAUUGAUUUUGCAGCAGAACACAACAUUUCAUCAGACAUAGAAGUUAUUCCAAUGGACUACGUGAACACUGCCAUGGAACGUCUAGCAAAAGGAGACGUUAAAUAUCGAUUUGUAAUUGACAUUGGUAACACAUUACAUGCUACCUAACUUUUGUUUCCUUUAAGGAUGUGUCAAAACCUGUUGGAGGUUUGAUUAUGUAGCAGUUUCAGCUUCUCUAUCUCUCCUUGUAUUUGGUUCAUCUUUCAUUUUUGUAUUUUGGAUAUUUUAUUUGAUGGCAAGUUUCUUUUGAUUGUAAGGGAUAUAUAAUGUAAUUUUCUAUUUAUGCUUAA